AUGGUCCAAAAUAUUGCUUACAUCAAGGUCGCCAAAGACAGCAUACUACCUGUAAGGGUACAUAUCAAUAGAAGGCAAAUCCUAUCAACUGCUACAGAAGAAUCCAAAGUACAAGCCCCAUUACUUUCUAAUAAUACGAUAGUCUGCCUGAAAUCACCGUUAACCAAAAUAUACUUAUCCAAUACUGACCUGAAGAACCUUGUUACAGAGAUGGAGGAUGACAUUAUUUUAAUCCUUUAUGAACUCAGCUCACCGGCCAUGAAGCAGAACAUAUUUAGUAAAAUACGUGUAGGACAAGUUUACGACUUUGAUGAAGAUACUUUAAAAAAGUUUCCCCAAUCUAUUCAGGGCUCUUUAAAAGAAAGCAAUUUAACCAGUCUCAAAAGAGUUGGAAAAAUGAAAUAUAAACUAACUUAUAGGAAAAAUUGGGACGUCGAUAUAUUCAUAUCAAACAUAAACAAACUUGAAACAAUACGGACCUAUCUGAUAUUUAAAGAUCAGUAUCCACAAUGGAACGAAUACCCAUGUCUUCAAAAACAACAGUCAUUGUUGGUAAUGGGGCAAAAACUUUCAGAAUCUACAAACCAAGAUCCAAUCAUAUUACAGGAGGAAGAAGAGUUGAAUCUUAAUUAUGAACAAUCUGCAGAAGAUCAACCAAAUAAUGAAAAACCGGAGAUUGCCUUUACUUAUGAACCUCAACUGUCUCUUAUACAAUGCCUAGAUUUAUAUAUACUGAAAAGACCGAAAAGGAAAAGGAGUUAA